AUGAACACUCCAAUCUCUAUAAAUAAUAAUAAAACUGACAGAUACACAGAUGUUACUGUCAAUACAACAAUACCAUCAUCAUCAAGUCUACAUCAAGGAACAUAUAUUACACCAGUAUAUCUAAAUUUAUACGAUUUAGGUGGAUGUAUUAAUGCUUCUAUUCAUUCGAUAGGUUUAUUAUUUUAUCAUUGUGCUGUACAAGCACAUUUAGCUGAAUACGGGUAUUAUAUGGGACAUCCAUAUAAAUUUACUGGUCUUUAUAAAACAUCAAAACAUGAUUCACGUUUUCAUUUAUAUCGAUUACGUGAUUCAAUUGAAGUUGGAUGGACAUGGUUUAGUGAGAAAGAAAUUGAUCAAAUUAUUAAUAAUCUUAAACCUUUCUAUUUGGGUAUUGAUUAUCAUACAAUAAAUAAAAAUUCAAUACAUUUUGCUAAAUAUCUUCUUGAACAACUUUCUAAUGAUCCACAAUUAAAACAUCUUGAACCAAUUAAAAUUAUUAAAUUUCCAUCUUAUAUUGAUCGUGCUCGUCGUUUAAGUCAUACUUUUGAAUUUUUAAAAAUAUUCGAUAGAGAAAAAGAUAUAGCUGAAAUAAAUAUUCUUUAUUUUCUUUAUAUGAAUUAUGAAGGUAAUAUAAAACAAAUUUGUCAAAUUCUUAAAUGUGAUACAAUCAAUAAAAUAAAACGAUGUAAACAAUUAAUUGAACAAGGUAUUCAAGAAAAAAAACUUCCAAUAUUUUCAAAAUUUACUAAAUUUCAAAUGAAAACAGAACAUGAUUAUUUACAUAUUAUUGAUCAAAAUAAUUCUGAUAUAUCAUUAAUAAAUGAACAAAUAACAUUAACUGAUAUUUUUCAUCAAUUUGAUACAAUUACAUUACGUGGUCGUACAAGUAUUGAUCGAUAUCUUAAUAUUCAACGAGCAAAAGAACUUGCUCAAUAUUCACAAAUUGAAAAUGAACAACAAUCAAUAACAAUGAAAAAUAUUCCAUUUAAUCAUCAACAAGGAUUAAAUUCAUCACAUAUUGUUGAAAUAUCACACGUAUCUAAUCGAACUGGUGUACACAUCCUUCCAAAAGGUAAUGAUUCAAUAAAACAAAUUCAACCAAUACAAAAAUAUCGUACAUCAUCUAUAAAAUAUGAUGGAAAACACAUGAUAUUUCCUCAUAUUCAUCGACCUUCAUUAUCUCAAGCUAUAUCUCAAAAUCAAGAUCAAACACCUCCAACAUCAUUAUCUGGAUCAAAUAUUUCAGAAAUACCAAUUAAAUUAAAUGAACAAUUAAAUUAUUCUUCUACGAAUUCUACAACUAUUGUUCAAACAACUCCAAUAUUAAUCGAUCCAAAUCUUAAACUUGAAAAUUUACAUAUGCGUAGAGUAGUUCCUAUUGGAACUGUACUUCGUCUAGAAGAAAAAUCAAAUUCAAAUCUUCCAUUAAAUGAACUUCAUUUAAUAACAGAUGGUAAUCAUAGUACAUUUUCAUUAAUUGCUAAUCGACAACGAAAAAAUUCUUAUACAUCACGUAAAAGAAAAUUACCACGUGAUCUUGAAUUAAGUAAUGAUUUAUAUACAAUUACUAAUCAAAAUUCAUUACGUCAUAAUUAUACAAAUAAUGCAAUAUCUACAAUUUCUUCAUUUUCUCAAUGUUAA